GGUCAGUGAGUUUGUCUGUGAGACAAGGUUAUAAAAAAAACUAAAGUCAAAACAUGCAAAGCUAACAAGAAACACUGUUGAUUGUACUCUAUAUUCAGAUUUUUGAAGUAAAACAUAUUAUAUUAUAUUGUAUAGUAUACCGAAUUAUUGAAUUUAAAAACACUAAUCCUUACAAUGGAGCCUAAGAAACAUAUCAGAAGCACGAAGUCUCAAAUAAGAUAUUUACUGAAUUAUAUGGCAACUCACAAAACCUUCGCUAAUAGUAAGUCGCCCUUAAGUCCCCUGGAGGCUAGUAAAAAGGCAAAAGAAUGGAGUGUUCUUAGAGCACUUCUGCGUAAACACGGGCCUGACAAAUCAGUCGAACAGUGGAAGACGACAUGGAGGGACCUGAAAAGAAAUAGGAGAAAGUGGAAAUUGGAAGGCAUUGAAACUUUUGAUGAGAGUACUGAAGUGGUUGAUUGUGAUACUUUAAUUGAGGACUUAAAACCAAGAACAGAACACAAAUUUUCUACAGAAUUUGUAGACCCACAAGAAUCAUCAAAUGCAGGUGGUGUUGUAAUAAAGGAAGAGCCUUCAACUUAUCAUGAUGGAUUCUCUUCAAAUGAAGUUAAUUUGGAAAUUCCAUGUUCUUCUCCUAUGCAACUAAUUUUGACAAACACAGAAAGCUUUACAUCACACUCAUUAGCAUCCCCCCUAUACUCUGUACAUAAUGCCCCAAUAGCAAAUUCUUCUGCUUUUUGUGACAAUUCUGCAAACUCUUCAAAUUGUUUUCAAAAUCCAUCAAGACCCUCUUGCUCACAUACAUUUUCCAACCCCCCUCCUAUUUGUGCAAAUGGAAAAUUAUCUGCAAAUAAAACAAUCCACUGUCAGUCCCAGUGUUGUCACCAGAACACGUUACUAGAAGCAAGUACAGGAAAUUUGCAAGCACAACAAAAUGUAUUGCUUCAGAACCUAUGCAAUUUAUUGGAAGAACAAAACUCAAUUCUGAGAAUGAGGAAUAGAAUAGAGAGAAGCAAAAUAAGGUGCCAAAAACAUCUUUGAUUUGUUAACUUUCUU